AUGUCUCCCCCAUCCUUCAACAAGAACGAGAAUGAGGCACAGCGACUCGGCGCCGCCGUCGAUAGAAUGAGGAUUGCGUCAGUCUUGAACGACAAUGAUCAAGACCAGGACGAAACAAUGGAAUGCGAGACCAACCAAUCCGAUGACGCCCAGUCUAGAGACGAGGGCUCCGACACGGGAGAUUCCACCGAGGAUAGCCACAGCGAAGCUACAUCCAGCAGCUCCAUUGAUCGACGCUCCAUCGAUCGGAUGCUGAGAGAACGAAGGCGUAGACGUCCCCACUCACCGUGCAAGAAAUACACGCCCGAGCAAGCAUAUUUCAUCUGGUAUUACCGAACCGAUUUGGAGCAAGCCUGGGACGAAGUCGAAAAAGCAUUCCAACGCCAAUUCGGCGAAGACAGAAAAAAGCCCGGACUGCAAUGCAAAUUUUAUCGCCUCCUCGGUGAAGAAGGCGUCGAGAAAGUCAGAGAACAGGCGAAAUCGGGACACAGAACGCUAGGAGACAAGGUCGGCAAGUUUGGGGUGGUACAGAGAACCACUGCGAGAUUCCCUUGGAUGCGGCUGGAGGAUCAAUUGACACCUCCCCUGCCGUGUUUUGCCCAGCGGGGUGGCUGUGGAAAUCCGACUUGCAAGACGUGUUCUGGAACCAAGCGCCCAUGA